GCCGCCGCGUACCACAACCGUCACCGAUCAACGGCAACGUUCCUGAACAGGACGACGGCGGGAGGUGUGCUCGGCAUCGCGUCAUGUAGCACGUAGUCACGUGCAGAGACGCAACCAUGACCCGGGACUUUUACACCCACACGGUGUCGGGACCAGGCGGUCACCUGUUCGUGACCGGAAGACCACAGAUUCUUGGUCAAGUGCUCGCUUCCCUGGCAGUGUCCCUUGGACCGUUAGCAGCCGGUCUCAGCAAAGGCUACAGCUCCCCCGCUAUCGCAUCUCUGCAGCAACGAGAUGCUGACGCGUUCCCCGUCAGCGGUCAAGAAGCCUCUUGGUUAGCUAGUCUGUCUCUGCUCGGUGCCCUAUUCGGUGCCUCUUUUGGUGGCGCAGCUCUUCGAUGGGGACGACGGAGAACCUUAAUACUAGCCGGUGCUCCGUUGUCCCUUUGCUGGAUAAUCACCGUGUUCGCAGUAAGUGUGGAGGUCAUGUGUUUUGCAGCCUUUCUCAGUGGAUUCCUCGUCGCAAUCGUGCAGUUAUCUGCCCAGGUCUACGUCAGCGAGAUAGCCGCCCCCAGUAUACGUGGAGGGCUUAGUGCCCUACUGAAGGUUGCAGGUCAUGCUGGCAUGCUUGUAGCCUUCGCUGCCGGCGCCUUUCUCGAUUGGAGACAAUUGGCAUUCCUAAUUUCCCUCGCACCGGCCACCAUGUGUUUAGCCAUGUGGCGCAUUCCAGAGAGUCCCGGUUUCCUGGUACUCAACGGUAAAGAUACAGAGGCCGAGCAAGCUUUGCGAUGGUUACGAGGCGACACAGCCGAUCUACGAUUAGAACUGGGCCUUCUGCAAGCCCACGUGCUCACUCGAACUGUUCCUGCAAACCCCAAGCUAUUCUUGGAGACCCUGAGAACACCAGCUUUAAUAGCCUGCGGGCUAAUGUUUUUCCAACGCUUUUCCGGCGUCAACGCUUUUAACUUUUACGUGGUCAGCGUGUUCAAAGAAACGUUCGGAGGCACGAAUCCGCACAGCGCCGCGGUCGCUGUUGCUGUUGUACAAUUACUGUCGUCGUUGUUGUCCGGUCUUUUAGUGGACAGUGCAGGUAGACUUCCCCUUUUAGUCGCUUCAAGUGUCUUAAUGACUCUAGCAUUAGCUUCCUUCGGUUCGUUCGCUUAUUAUGAAGAUGCGCAUCCGAAAACAGUUCCGAAUCUAGACUGGAUACCUCUACUGUGCGUUUUGGUCUUUACCGUUGCAUUCUCCUUAGGUAUCAGUCCGAUAUCCUGGCUCUUGGUCAGUGAACUCUUCUCUCUGGAACAUCGUGGCAUUGGCACGGCUCUGGCCACGAGCUUCAGCUAUCUCUGCGCCUUCAUCGGGGUUAAAACGUUCGUGGACUUCCAGGAAAUGCUGGGCUUGUACGGUGCAUUUUGGUUGUACGCCUUCAUCUCCAUCUGCGGCCUCUGCUUCGUUGUUUGCUGCGUGCCGGAGACCAAAGGCAGAGACCUGACGGAAAUCGAUGCGAUUAGAUGAUGUAACGCCAACAGACCAAGUCAUAUGGUCUCUAUAAGUGUGGUCGAAAGGUAUUGUUAACCUUCGUUGUAGCCGCACCAUAAUAUGGCAGAAGAUUUAGGAAGAGUUUGUGGUUUAUUGGGAGCAUUCUGGGAAUAAACGAUAGGGCUGUUUAUUAGUUUUACUUAUAUUUUUAUUGCGGACGAAACAAAUGAUUUUGUACCUGAUUGAUAGCAUUCCACCGUCUAAAUAAUUCCACAAAAAGUGAUUAAUUGAUUUUAUGAAUCAAUCGUUUAUCCUUGGAACGCCUAAGUAAUCUUUUCGAAAUUCAACACCGAUCGAUUGAAAAUGUAAAAGAAAAUAGAGUAUGUGAUAUCAAAACCAGAACUUUUACAUUUUGAAUCGAAUUGAUUCGGCACAUUAAUAUUAAAUGUGAUACUAAAUUAUAGUUUGGUUUUUGUACAAUGGCCUAUUGUGAAAAUCAGUCCCUAACAUUAACUACUUAUAAGUAAUAGGAUUUAACGUUCAGUACAAUGUCGAUGGAAUAUUGAUUAAACUUUAAAUCCUAUUUAACAAACCUAAACUUUAGUAUUGCUUGAUUUUGACUAGUCUUCCAAAACUAUAUGAAAACGAAAUCUCUUUCGUAUCGACAAUAAUAUACGAACUAAGAAAUAUUUAUUUUUAAUGGGCAUAUCAUCUGAACUGGACAAGACUUGCGUAUAUGUAUUUAAAUUUUAGUAUUUUUUGAGCACAUUGCAAAGUACUUGAUCUAGUUCUGCAUAUCAUGUCUGAUACAAAAUUAUAGUAUAUAUCAAAGAGAACAUUUCGCGAAACAAUCACAUUACCAAUUUUUAAUAUAUUUUAUUAGAAGUGUUUGUUAAAGUUUUAGACGUACAUUAGGAAACAGCCAUUAAACUAUUGUCAUAUAGACUGACUUAUGUGCAAUUGUGUAUGUGAAACAAUUUUGAAUUUUAUCGGGACAAUUAAUCAAACUUUUCACAACAGCAUUAAUUUUCCUAUAAUGACAGACUUAUUUCUAAUACCGUAAUGGCUGAAAAGAUAGACUAUUGAUUAUUGUUCUGUUGUGAUAGUGUGUAUAAUUUGAAUACAAAAAAUGUUACUCACAAAACUCUAUCUGAUUAAAUGUGCCAUGACAAAAGCUUUAAAUCAUAAAUUGUCAUCGGUUUCUAUUGCACAUAAUUCAGUCUGAAUUUAUUCAAAACUAAUGUUAGUAGAAAAUAUUAAAAACAUUUUGAAAAUAAACUUAUGAUAUAAAAUUAGGAGAACGUGGUCCAUUUUGACAAUACCACUAAUAACGCGACAAUAUUUAGAUUACUAUGAAAAUUUAGAGUGAACUUAUUACAGAAAAAAUACUAUGUUUCUGACGUUUAGGUGCUAUUUAGAAGCUUUAGCCAUUGAUAAUCACUUAAUGUACCUAACUAGAUAUUAGAACUGCAUUGUCCGAUGUCAAUCCUACGCUUUCUCGGCGAUUGAAUUGUGAGAAAUCAACGGUUUACGAACAUUAUUUAGUGACGCUUACAAUAAACUGUUGGUACUGUGACAAUAUAUGAAAGCGACAUCGAAACACGUACAAACAUUUCCCGGAAUAUUCAACAUUCGUCUGUCACCCCGUAAACAAUUCGCCAUAAAGUACAAUUGCGUAAAUUCUUGUUAUAAAACUCGACCACAAAAGCGGGCACUGCAUUAAUUUGCCGUGAAAUCUAAAUGUUCCAUCUUAAAUUCUUGUUCAUAAAGUGAGAAAUAUUUCCAGUUAUCACGUUCCCCCAAAAGAAUUUCUGUACUUUAGAGCGGUUGGAGUAAACAAAACUUAAUGGAGUGAAUAUUAACCGAGGGAUUUGAAAACUGAAAGAGUAUAAAGAUAAAUUACACGAAUUUUAAACAGAUAUGAAUAGCUGAGGACGUUUGGCUGAACGAUGGCGAAUAAAAACUGCAAACACAAUCGUGCAAUUACUGAAAAAAGUUUUAUCUUCAGUUUAUACCAUGCCAUAAAGUUUUGUUUGAGAUCCAAUGAAUCUAUUUUUAGAAUUAAUUAUCUCAUGAAAAUUCAUAAAACCCCAGAAUGGACGCGGAAUUAAAUAACUUUUCGAACUUUCGGUUGUUUUUCUCAAUUAAAACGUUAGACCGGAAAUUAGAUAUAAUGGGCACCGUCUGAUUGUAAUCAAAAUCUUAAAUGACUUAAUUAAAUGGUUAAUUGCUCUGGAAACGUUAAUCGUUAAUAAUCGGGAGCGAUUUCUCAGAAUUCCUUCGCCGCGAAAAUUUUAUUAAGCUCAAUUCAAAUAGCCUAUAUCCGAGACAAUAUUUAUUACAGUGUGUACUUUGCUGAUCACUGUGUCAGCGAGCUUUAUUGACUCUAAUUCACAUGUAAGCGGCCUGUAUGCAAAACUGCUCAAAACUUUACGAUCUCGUAAAGUGUGAGAGUAAAACCUUGAUAAAAAUGACCCAACCAAAGAUAUUUGAUUUACAAAUAUUUUAGCAACUUUAAAAAGAGACAAUAAUUAUGCUAAAAUAAAUCACAUUAAUAACAUACAGACAAUACAAAUUGUAUUACACAAUACGAUGUGAUAAAAUGAUAAGAAUACUAAUAUUAUUAUAUCAUUAAUUAUGCUCAGUUUAUAUAUUCAACUUAUGAAACUGGCUAAAUUUCUCAUAUCUAGACUAAAUGAAGAAUGGUUGUGGGAAAUACCUCAGGGCAUAUUCAUGUCAAAAUUCUUAUGCUCAUAAUAUUUGUAUUCAUAUAAAUGCUUCCUCUUCUUUACAAACGUAACUAUGUGGUAAUGACAAUAAUAAGUCAAUUAAAACGAAAAAAGACAAUAAUGGGGUACUUUGGAGUCAAUCUUGCAUACAGGUCAUAUUUAUAAAGAGAUUAUAUAUACUUAUAUGCUCUAGGUGUAAUAUAUUAAUAUAUUUGCCAUAGCUGGCCUAUGGCGCUAAUGUGAUGUUCAAUAUGAACAAAAAAAUGUUUAUUGUAUAUUAGAGAUGCUUCGAUAAUAAUUUUUAAUUCUCCCUUUUUAUAAUAGUUUACU